CAUUAGGUACUUGACUUUAGGAUCUGUACGCUAGUAUAGUCUAUUCGAGCUUCAUUUGGUAAACGCCCUGGAAAGAGAGAAGUUUAAACUUAAAAGAUGCGAAGAAAAGAAGAAAACUAUGGAGAUGGGAACAUAGAAAAGCUUGCCUCUCAAGAUCUCGUUGUUCUCCGUUUCAGUUUCCCAGAACUAUAAAUAAUCAAUGAAGCAGGUUAUUAUCAUAUUUUUCUUCUCUCUUAUCUGCUUCCAUAAUUCCUUGGCAGCUGAUGACACCAUAAAACCAAACCAAACUCUCCAAGACACCGGUCAAACUCUGGUCUCCACCGGGGAAAAAUUCGAAUUAGGCUUUUUCAGUCCACCUAAUUCCAAGAACCGCUACGUGGGAAUAUGGUUCAAGAAUGUUUCAGAUCUCACGGCCGUCUGGGUUGCCAACAGAGGCAACCCUCUCACAGACUCGUCUGGUGUCCUCAAAAUCACCGAAACCGGAAAUAUAAUAAUCCACAGCAACAAAACAGAGGACCCUAUAUGGUCCUCAAAUUCAUCAGCAAAAGACCCCACUUUGCAGCUCUUAAACACAGGAAACCUCGUGGUUAAAGAUGGCAGUAACGGAAACUAUACAUGGCAGAGUUUCGAUCAUCCCUGCGAUUCGCUCAUUGCGGGUAUGAAGCUGGGUAAAGACUUCAUUACUGGUCAAAGUUGGAAGCUAACCUCCUGGAACAGCCUCCAAGAUCCAUCCAUCGGAACCUACACAUACGAAUCAGACCCUCGUAGGCUUCCUCAGGUACUUCUGCUCAAAGGCAAAGAUAUUGUGUACAGAAAUGGGCCGUGGGAUGGUGUACAAACAGGCGGAGACACUCCUCUCCAGGAAAAUGCGGUCUUUAAACCCAGCUAUGUUGUGAAUGAAACCCAUGUCUACUAUACCUUCGACAACGCGGACAAUUCCACGGUCACCAGGUUCUGCUUGAAGCCAUCGGGAUCUCCUGAGCAGCUCCGGUGGAACCAAGAGAACGAAAAGUGGGUUACCAUCUACGCGGUGCAGAGAGAUGAUUGUGACAAUUUUGCGCGUUGUGGUCCUAAUGGAAUCUGUGACAGCAGUGACAGCCGUGCUUGCCAUUGCCCAACUGGUUUUGUUCCAAAAGUACAGGAAGAGUGGGAUGCAAUGGAUUUUACCAGUGGAUGUGUGCUAAAAACACGCUUGAACUGUAGCGAAAGCGAGAGGUUCAAGAAGUUCUCUCGGAUGAAGUUGCCGUACAAUUCGGAAUUUACGGUGAACGGAUCGGUGGUGAGGAAGGAGGAUUGUGAGUUGAUUUGUAGGAGAAACUGCUCUUGUGUGGCUUAUGCUGUGGCUCGGCUUGCUGGCUGUGUAAUCUGGUCUGCGGACUUGCUUGAUAUGAAACAUUUCAGCGAUGGUGGACAAGAUCUCUACAUUAGAAUGGCUGCUUCUGAAUUUGGCACAAAAUCAGACAAUGGCAAAUUGAUUGCUGUGAUCAUAUCACAAGUUUUGGUGUUUCUUCUAGUUUGUUUAGUGGGUGGAUAUGUCAUCUAUAAGAGAACAUCUUGCUCCCUUAUUAGCCAAGAGGAAACAACAAUCAAUUCAAUCGAAGAUCGGGGUCCUAUUCUUCUAGAGGAAGAUGUAGAGCUACCUUCAUUUAACUUAGAUACUAUUGCCAAUGCUACUAACAACUUCUCCUCCAUAAAUAAAAUUGGUGAGGGUGGUUUUGGUCCAGUCUACAAGGGUCUGCUCUCAUCUGGGCAAGAAAUAGCAGUAAAAAAGCUUUCUAAAGAUUCUAGACAGGGGCUUGUAGAGUUCAAGAAUGAGGUUGCCUUGAUUUCAAAACUUCAACACCGGAAUCUUGUGAGGCUGUUAGGAUGUUGUAUUCAUAGAGAAGAAAGGAUGUUGAUCUAUGAGUUCAUGCCGAGAAAGAGCUUGGACUUAUAUAUAUUCAAUCAAACUAGGGAAACAACUAUUGAUUGGACGAAGCGCUUUGAUAUUAUUGUUGGGAUUGCACGUGGACUUCUUUAUCUUCAUCGAGAUUCAAGAUUGAGAAUUAUUCACAGAGAUCUUAAAGCUAGUAAUAUACUUUUAGACAGUGAGAUAAACCCUAAGAUUUCAGACUUUGGCUUGGCAAGAAUUCUUGGAGGUGAACAAACUGGAGUAAAUACUAAAAGAGUAGUUGGUACAUA